AUCGUAUAUAAUUAAUCUUUCGGCUGCACUAACGCCUCCUUGCACUUCUUUUGUCUCUCUUUCUCUCGCUCUCAUCUUUCUCGAAGGGAUAAUUAAAAAUGUCGACAGUGGGAGAGCUAGCUUGCAGCUACGCUGUUAUGAUCUUGGAGGACGAGGGUAUUGCUAUAACGGCCGACAAAAUCGCCACUUUGGUCAAGUCUGCUGGUGUCGAUGUUGAGUCAUACUGGCCAAUGUUGUUCGCCAAGAUGGCUGAGAAACGUAAUGUCACUGAUCUCAUCAUGAACGUUGGUGCUGGAGGUGGAGGCGGUGCUCCGGUUGCUGCUGCUGCUCCAGCUGCUGGCGGUGGUGCUGCAGCUGCUGCCCCUGCCGCUGAGGAGAAGAAGAAGGAGGAACCAGCAGAAGAGAGUGAUGAAGAUUUGGGUUUUGGCUUGUUCGAUUGAUUUCAUUUACUUGUUUCUCUUCUUGGUAGUUGGUCAUAUCGAUUUUUUCGUGUCAGAGUUAUUACUUUUUUGGUCUGGCUGAAGAACUAAUAGUUGUUUUUUUGAACCAUAUGUUGUAUGACUCAAGUUUCCUUGCAAACCAAUCGGCUUGUGCUUUUGUUAGAAUUUAUUUUGUUUCUUAUUC